UACAUCAGUAUGUGUUGGUCAAUAUUUCCACAAGAGAAGACCUAUGGCUCUUGGUAUUGCUACGGCGGGUAUGGCCCUGGGGCAGUUUAUGUGUCCACCUCUGUUCCAAUUUCUCAUAGACACAUACUCAUGGCGAGGAUCUGCCUUCAUAAUCGCAGGAUUAUGUCUGAAUAAUUGCGUCUUUGGAACUAUCAUGCGACCUUUAAGAGAAACACACAGAGACACAGACGAAGCGGCGUGCCCGGAAAACGAACGCCGCGCACAAAUAGCCAAAACCAACGAAGCUUCCUUAAACGACGCCAAAGGCCGCUUGAAUGUACCGGUGCAAAUAGAUAACGAUAUAAGCCUAGAUACGACAGCAACGCCAAACGGAAUACACCGUAAUUCAAAUGACUCAGUACCAGGCAGCCACACUAGCAUACAUCGCUUUCGUCAAGAGAACAGUCACAGGAUGGCAGGGCGUGACAAUAUCUUAAAGACGGAGCCAAGACAUAGAAGCCUGGGCGUGUCCUCUUUUCUUAGUGUUUCAAUUGGAGCUUUCGGAAGCAUGACGUCGAACAUUUCUCAACAUUUUGUUUCAAAUAAUCAGCUCAGUGAGGCAGUAGAGAGAAACAAGCCAAGUUGCAUGGAUUACGUAAAGUCUAUUUUGGACAUUCAUCCCUUAAAAAACCCGGAGUUUAUUUGUUUUGGUAUAUCGGUGUUGUUUUGGGCCGCUCAGGUGCUGACGUGCGGCCUCCACCUCAUAGCCUACACUCUACAGCACGGAACCACCCCUAUUCAAGGCGCCAUCUUGUUGUCGGUGUUUGGCGCGGGAAACUUUUUCAGUCGUCUCCUCGCCGGGGCCGCUACCAACGACAAAGAGCACGUAGAUCAAGUGACCCUUGGCGCAGGCGUCAUGGGAAUAACAGCCCUGUUGUUGUUCUGUUUUCCAGCACUAAUCCACAGCUAUUGGUCCCAAGUCUUGUUCGCGGCUCUCUAUGGUGUCUACUCAACAAUCCUUAUACCUCUAUUGGCACCAAUGACGGUUGAGACUGUUGGAUUGUCAUCGCUGGGAGCUGGGUUCGGGUAUUUGAUGGUGAUGAGCGGCACCGGAUGUGCGAUUGGUCCUCCAUUGGCUGGUUUUAUUUAUGAUCACACUAAAGAUUAUUCGUACUCGUUCUACUUUGCCGGGGCUUUAUCUAUGGGCAGCUCCAUCAUGCUAUUAGCGAUACCCAUCCUCAAAAGCAGGCGCCUCAAAACUGAGAGUGACGUGACGUCAGCUUAGAGUUUUCGUGACGUCAGUUUGAGGGACCGUGUUAUGCGAGGCGCGUGCAUGGGCGUCCUCGUAUAUUCUAUUCUUAUGCGACGUUUAAAUGUAAUUACAUAGUCACCAAGCUGUUUACUCUCAUCUGUAUGGGACAAAAACAUACUGCGCACAUUAACCAUAUGGACCUCAACAUUUAACUGCAAAAUGACAAAAUUAUUGAGUAAAAUUGAGCGGUAUAAAGUGUUCAUCAUUUUGUUAAUAUUUGAAAGUUACAUAAAACGUGUGUUUAAAAGAUUUGUUCAGUUUUGUCUUCUCUAUCAGUUCUAAGCAUCUGUAGCCUACGUUAACGAUCCUUGUUAAGAUUAAUUUCCUAAGUCC